AUGUACGUGAGCAGCCUCACAUAUCCAUGCACGGGUUUGAGGCAUCUGUAUAAGUUGUUGUAUUCAGAACAGUCAUCGCCGCAGGCAACGGAGCCCAAGGCCCGCUGCAGCUCGGCAGCAGUUACCGAGAGGCUCCUUGAGCGUGGGAGGCAACGGCAGGCAAGAAAGGAGCUACUACAGAAGCAGCAGCAGCUGCUGCACCAGCAAGAGCAGCAGCGACGACCCUACAGACCCGCAGAGGCAGCGUCGACGACGAACGGGGUGUCUCGGCACUUGCAGCUAUUCGAGUUAGCGCAGUACCAGCAGCAGCAGCAGCGGCGGCAGCAGCAGCUGCGGCAAGAGCAGCAGCAGCAAGAUGAUCUAAAGGAGUGCACCUUCAGGCCCAAUUUGGUGCUGUCUCAUAAAUUUCCUCGGCUGGUGGAGACGCCGUCCCCCGCACGCAGAGACGAAGCUCCUUUCAGCUUCUCAGAGGGUCACUAUACCCUCCGUCUCGCCCCCGAGGUCUUUGGCGUUUCUGUUGAAGUACAAAAGGGAAGGCUCGUUCGUAUUUCUAUCCGAGAAGGCGAAGACCCCAGAGCAGCCGUUGAUUCUUUCUGCCGGUCCCACGGCUUGCACGCAGAGGAGCAGGAGUGGUUGAGCAGCAUAAUUUUGAAGGAGAUGACAGCGCGGAAUCUUUUAACUCUGGUGGACGGCGACGGCCAUGGGGAGAAGCGUCCACAGGCUGUCGAGACACUCCAGGAGUCCCCCGGGUCUCAGCAGCAGGAGGUAUGGCAUCGAGAGCCCCCCAAGGCUUAUAAGGGGUCUCCUAGGGGUGCCACAGCAGCGGGACCUGCAGCAGCCUCCCCUACGCAGCCUAGGCUUUCUGAUACGGAGCGGCGAGGCAUAAAGACCGUGGGGAGGCCGGUGCAGCAGAGCUUGUCAGGCACAUACACCCGGGAGGGAGACAGCCUGGGUAGCCCCUUGGCAAACUCAGGGGCCCACAAAGAUCAGUCCUCAGCCACAGCAAAACACGGCUCAGGUGAAGUGCAUAAAUAUCAACAUCUCGAAUACCACGACAUCUGGAACGUUCCAGUGGCGCCCCCAGCUGAAACACCCCCAGGCAGAGAGAAAGGCACUCCCUCUUCUCCCUCCUGCGGAUUGCAGCCUGGGCAGCAGCAGCAACAAGAACGACAGGCGAAACAGAAACAUGAACGAAAGCAGAAACUGCUGCAGCAGCAGUUGCAGCAGCAGAAACUAGAACAGCAAGAGAAGCAGCAGCCACGGCAGCUGUCCGGGCCGCCCCGAGUACAUCAUGAGGCCCUUAACGCUGCACCCAUGGGUGCUGCUGCAGAGACGCCCCCGCAGCAAUGGCAGCAGCAACCUGAAGAAAACACAGGCGAGGGGGAGGGACAGAAGCAACAGCAACCGCAGGGUACACCUGGCAGCACAGAAAACGGCAGCCUGCGCUGUCUAGCAGUCUUCACUCCUGAGGCCGAGAAGGCCGUACUUGGUUCCCCCUACAGUCGCAUCAGCAGGAGUAGCAGCAGAAGCAGCAGAAGGGAGGGUCCUGAGAUCCCUUCCAGUGAGCGCUCAUCGGGAUGGCUUAGUCCCGUUGCGACGGAGAGGAACCCUUGA